GCUAAAUUACCUCCUAAAAAUUUCUUGAGGUUUUCCGGGGGCCUGGUAAUGAUCUAAUCAUUUGAUUCAGCCGUGCUGACCCAGGGUGAUAUCUAAAACCUGCAGGACUUCAACCCUUGAGGCCUGGAGUUGGCACUACUGCAUACAAAAUCCUGGAAUUAAAACACAGGUUUGUUGAGCGGUACUGGCAGCGUUCAGUCUGCGGUAUGAGCUCUGUUGCAGGGAGGAGGAGAGCCCUGCCGAGUGCCUUCCCUGUGCUGGACCUGCCCCUUCUGCCCAUCCACAAACACAUUUAUGAAGCAAACCUCAGAAAUAGCAACGCCUGGUGUAAGAAGUACACAGAGUUUAGUGAGAAGGUGAUGGAAGGGGGAGGGGAGAGGGCCAUAGCCAGACACACUCAGAGAAACAGGAAGUUGCUGGUCAGAGACAGGCUUCGCCUCCUCUUGGAUGACGAGGACUUUCUGGAGCUGUCACUAUUUGCUGGUUUGGGUCUUCCGUACGGGGACAUACCUUCAGCCGGCAGUAUGACUGGCAUUGGCAGGAUCAACGGCCUGUGGUGUGUGUUUGUUGCCAGCGACGCUACGGUGAAAGGAGGCACAUCGUAUCCUAUCACGGUAAAGAAGAAUCUCCGAGCGCAGGAAAUAGCAAUCAAAAAUCGUUUGCCUUGCGUGUACCUGGUCGACUCCGGUGGAGCGUUCCUGCCGCUGCAGUCAGAGAUUUUUCCUGAUAAGAAUCACGGAGGAAGGACGUUUUACAAUGAAGCCAUCAUGUCUGCCAUGAAGAUCCCCCAGGUAGCUGUUGUGUGCGGGUCAUGCACGGCGGGUGGAGCUUACAUGCCCACUAUGGCGGAGGAAGCUGUAAUGGUGCACAGAAUAGGAACCAUAUUCCUGGGCGGACCGCCACUUGUGAAAGCUGCUACUGGAGAGGAGGUGACGCCAGAGGACCUGGGAGGGGCCAGGCUCCAUGCUGAAGUGAGUGGCUGCGUGGAUCACUUUGCCUGGGAGGAGAAGGAGGCUUUUGAUUACACUAGAAACAUUAUAUCAACCCUCAACUUCCUGCUGCCUGAGGAAGAGGAGGAGACAAAGAAGAGGAACGCAGAGGAGGAGCCACUGCACAGUCUGGAAGAGCUUUUAGGACUCGCCCCUAAGAGUUACAACUACAGCCUGGAUGUUAAGAUGGUAGUCAGUCGACUGGUAGAUGGGAGCCGCUUUCUGGAAUUUAAAGCUCGCUAUGGAACCUCACUCGUCACUGGCUUUGCAAAGAUACAUGGUCACCUAGUUGGAAUUUUAGCGAAUGAUGGACAGCUGUCAUAUGAGGCCACACUGAAAGGAAGCCAUUUUGUCCAGUUGUGCAACCAGAGAGACGUCCCACUCCUCUUCCUCCAGAACACGGCACCCACUGCAGCACUGACACUGUCCACAAAACAGGCAGAGAUGAACAGUAACCAUCUAAAAGCUCAGGGUUCAAUGAUGUCAGCAGUAGCAUCCGCCUCUGUUCCCAAGAUCACUGUGGUGAUUGGUGGUUGCCAUGGUGCAGACAGCUAUGCUAUGUGUGGCCGAGCAUUUGAUCCUAAUUUCUUGUUCCUGUGGCCCAAUGCCAAAGUUUCUAUUGCCCCUCCGGGUCACAUUGGCUCUCUGCUUCCCCUUGAUGGUGAGCAAGAAGAAGAGCAGAAGAAGCAGGAAGAGGAACUAAACAGGAUGUUGGUGGAAGAGAGUUCAGCUUUCUUCUCCUCCAGCAGGAUGUGGGAUGAUGGAGUCAUUCUGCCGCAGAACACCCGGAAGGUUCUUAGAGACGUUUUGGACAUCAUCAAACAGCAGCGGUAUCAGCUGUCUACAGAGACUCUGCAAUCGAUACCUCUGCGUAUGUAGAGGCUUCUGUCCCCGUCAAACAUCAGAUUUAACUGCUCCUGUUGGACUCACAACAAUCCCGUUUUCACUUGUAAUGGAAGAAGCUUCUCUGUAAAUUUGUUGAGGUCUCCACAACAAAUAUGUAAUCAAUCCUGUGUACUGUAAAUGUAGGCGCUAGGUCAAACCACUCUGGAGAGAGGGAUUUAAAAAAAUCCUGCACAGUUCCUCGUCAGGUUUUGAUUGUCAGCACUUUCAGACCAAGUUUCAGAACAAAAUAUUUCUCUGGGAUGUUUACACACAGCCAGCCUAGUGGUGGAUCGUUCCUCACUCAGAAUGCCUGACAGCGAGUUGAUCUAUAAGCGAUUCAAUCAGUUCAGUUGUUUGUUCUUUACAACACAAAGCAUGAACAGCAGUGCAUUGGCUCCUUUUACCUGUAGCCUUACACGUAAAAGAAUGAUUUCCAGUUUCUUUCUCACAGUGAGGAUUAAUGCUUAUUAAUAUAACAUGAGCAUCACUUUGGUACUUAAGCUACGUAUCUGCAUUGGAUCAGAACUGGAAAAGUUGGAUCAGUGCAGCCUGCAUUUUGGUUUAAAAUUAGUUUCUUCCUAAAAAAAAACAGUUGACUAGAAACGUGCACUCUAUUUCUGUCAGUUUGUUCCAAAAGAAACCCA